AUGAAAGUGAAUCCGGCGGACUUGAAGCCCAAGCGGCCCGUGCACACGUUGAGCGGCGACGGAGAACCCGAAGAAGAAGCUGGCGCUGAUUCGGAAGAGGAAGAGCCGGCUGUGGUUGAUCCGAGGUCCAACAAUGAAGAGGAAGAAAGUGACGACACCGGCGCCACGACGCAAAGCAGGGCAUCUCGGGACAAGAUGGCAGCUCAAGAUGCAGAAGAAGCCACGGAUGACGAGGAAGAUUACUACCCCGAGAUUCAUUUGGCCUCCGUGAGCUGUGGGAACAAGAGAGCAACUGGGAACAUUGUGACAAUGUUGCGAACCAUUGCGACCUUCCUGGAAUCUGACGAGUAUUUCAUCUCUGUGCAUGUUGUUUGCGACAACGAACAUUUGGAAGGCAUCCGGCGAGAGGUGGCAUCGUGGACAGCAGAAAUCCUCAAGCGCUUGCAUGUUAGCCUCUACUCGACAACGAUACCAAAGAACAUGACGACCCAGCUUUUCAACAAGAUGAACAGCGCCGAGGCCGGGUUUGAGUGUGCUUUCCAAAAACUGUUCUUGAGUGUGGACAUUCAGCAGCCAUGGAUGUAA